CGAUGCGGACGAGGAUGAGGAUGGAGGAUGAGGAUGAGGGGCAGGAUUGGAGCUGCGACAGUUGCACGCGUCAACAAAGUUUUCUGUUCCCUAGCGCGGACUCUAUCGCUUUCGCUGUCCCACUCUAACCUAGUUGCCUGUUCUCUUCUUGCAUGUUGCGACGGACCAAAGAAAAAAAAAACAAAAGAAAAGAAAAGAAAAGAAAAGUGUUUUCAGUGAAGAAAGAAUACAAGAGAAGGUGAAAGAAAGACAGGAGAAGAAAGAGAAGGAGAGUAGGCGGAGAAGGCGGAGAAGAAGAGUGGCACAGCCAUGGAUACCAAAUUGGAGGCUCGUGGCCAGUUUCCGGCCUCGUUUCCGGACACGUUCAAGAACUUCUUUGCGAUGAUGAACGAAGACGAGGAUCACGUGGGCCUGUUUGCCAAUCUCCUGGAGGACAAGGUGAUCCCGCGGCAGAGUAGCCCCGUACAGCCACAACGCCAGCGGUACGGAGGCAGUAUGCGAAGUCACAGUGGCGGAGAUCGCAGGGAUCGCACAGAACGGCAAUAUCAUCAGCAACAACAACAACAGCACCAGCAGCAAAUACAACAACAACAGAACAACAGAACGCAACCGGUAUCGCAUAAUUCCCAACAGCAGCGCGCCUUUCAGCCGCGAAGUCGCAGUGGCAGUGGCAGUAGUGUCGAUCUUUACGCCAAUAGGAGCGUAAGCUUCGGCAACACCUCAAGCCGUUCGAAUUCGCUGCGAAGGAACCGCUCGCGAGGAUCGCUAAGCAGCAGCGGAUUGAACGCCUUGGGCCUUGGGCCCGUGGCCCUUGCUCCCAACGUCAGUUCGAGCAGCAGCGGCAGUGUCUUGGACUUGACUCGUCCAAGUGUCAACGCAGCCAACGUAGCCAGUGGAAAUAGCAGUGGCCCAUCGCCCUCAAAACCGAACCUCAAGUCGGCUUUGAAAGCAACCAAUCCCUCGGUCGAGCGCAGCUGUUCCCUUUUCUUGGACGACGACGGUGAACUGCUGUGCAAUCACAUCAAGUAUUGUUGUCUGCAUCACGACCACUCGAUCGACGGCCUCCAGCAACUUCAGCAGCAGCUCAAAAGCCAGCAACUGAGUGCCGGGCAGAAGCACAUGACUUUGACCUGUUGCGAGUGCGUUUGCGGCAGCGGCAAAACUCCCCGUUCCGGUCCCGAUGGAGAGGACAAUUGUGGCGCCAACAACUUGAAGGGAUACACCAGCGGUCACCAGGCGAUUCCCUCACAGAAACCAAAGAAGAUCGACAAGCCAAGCACCAUCACAUCCACCGAGAUGGCAGCUUCGAAAAACCGGGAUCUGCAGGAGCGACAGGAGCGGCAGGAGAAACGUGGAUCGGUUAUCCUCGAAAGGGCAUUCGAUUUCGAUACCAGCUGCGACGAGAGCGACAGCCUGAGCAGCACCCCCAUUCCGGUGCCCUCGCCGGCUCCCCACCAGCUGGCCUACAACGUGCUCAAGCCGAUCCUCAAGCAGCCGCAGUCGCAGUUGCAGUUGCAGCAGCAGCAGCAACAGCAGCAGAGAUCCCUGAUGCAGCAGCAGCCACAUCCGCAGACCGCUUACCAGCACCACCAGUCUCCGCUGCACCAGCAACACCAGCCGGGGAUGCUGCAGGUUAACCCGCAGCAACAUCUCCAGAUGAAGAAGCAGCAACACCAGCAGGUCAACAUACAGCCGCACCAGCCCAUGAUGCUGCAGCAGUUCCAGCAACUCGAUCUGCAGCAGCAUCCGCAGCAGAUAAUGCCGCAGCAGCAGCAGCAGCAGCAACAGUUGAUGCCGCAGCAACACCAGCAGGUCUCCUUUCAGCCGAUCCAAUCGAUUCAGCCGCACCAGCCGCUGCAGCAGCAGCAGCACCAGACGAUGUGCCACCAGCAGUACCAGGCUGCUGCUCCGCAACAGCAACAGAAGGGGGUUUCCCAGCAGCAGCACCAGGUGGGAGUAACCUUCCAGCAGCACCAGCAGUACCAACAGGUGGCCCAUCAGCCACAGCAGGUCGCGAUGCAAGGGCAGCAGCAGCAUCCGCCCGCCACCGCCACCGGUGGACAUGUGGUGCACCGUCGGCUGCCCACGCCGCCCACUCACAGCGGAAUGGGGGCGUUCCACACCCGGGAGGCGGCCUUGCAGCGGGUGCAGCAGCAGAGCGGCUACUACAUCGACGGGCCCAGCACCUCGGCGGCGGCCUAUGCCUAUAAUCAGUCUCUGGAUCACCAGCAGCAGCAACAACAGCAGCAACAACAGCAGCAACAGCAGCAACAACAGCAGCAACAGGUGCAGUACGACCAGCAGCAGGAGUUGCAGUACGAUCCGCACCAGAAUAUGCAGUUCGAUCAAUAUCAGCAACAUCAGACGCUUCAGCAGCAGCAGCAGCAGCAGCAAUACCAGCCGCUCCAGCAGCAGCAACAAUAUCAGCCGCUUCAGCAGCAGCAGCAACAUCAACAGCAGCAGCAGCAGCAGCAGCAUUAUCCGCUCUACUCAGACGACACCGAAUUGGACAACGACUCGGAGUGGGAACUGGACGAGGAACCAGCUCCUCAGAUGGCUCCUCAGCUGUCCACCUUCGACGACUACCUCAACGCCUCCCAGAAUCCAGCUGGCAGUCGUCAGAGUCUGCGAGCCCAAAAGUCGCCGAUUUUGCACAGACGUCGCGCCUCAUCGAUUGCUGGAAAUGUGUUGAACUCGGAGUUUUCGUACGGUCGGAACAGUAUUGGCGGAGUGCCCACUGAUUCCGCCGAUUUCCCACGCAUUUCGCACAGCAGUAGCAUCAGAGAUCGCAUUACUGUGGCCGGAGUGCUGACCUUCCAGCAAGUGAUGUCCGGAGCAGUGUCGCCGCAGUAUGGCACUUUGUCAUCGCUGAAUCCCACUAACCCAACUUCCGGAUCCGGCGAGAGGAAGCCGGGAAUGGUUGGAGCCGAUCCCUUGGGAAGCAUGGGAGGCGGAGGCGGAGGAGGAGGAGGAGGAGGAGGCGGUGGUCUACCAGGCGGAUCUGCCCAGAAUGUCAACUUGAGCGUGGGCUUGGGGUUUCUAGGUGGAUCGAGCACCACCUUGGCUGCUGUCGCCGAGGUGACUAGUGGCACGGACUGCAACGGCGACUCCACCGACUCCCCAUCCCCGGUGUCCAUGGUCGCAGCUAAACAGCAGCAGCAGCAGCAAUCGCAGUUGCAGCAGGAGCAGGAGCAGCAGCAUCUGCCCACCCACUUGCCAAUGAAUCGGGAGCGCGGCGUGGGUGAGUCCUCGGGAGCCAGCACAUCGGGCACGGCCCUUGCCGAUCUGGCCGCCUCCGUGGUCUUGGCCACGAGCUCCGGAAAAAUCCUGACCGACCGCCAGCGAUUGAGGACCUCCAGCAUGCCGGCGGAAAGUCGCAGGCCCCGUUUGGCCGAGAUGCGUCGCUCGGCCAUCCACGCUGGAGAUCCGGACAUGACCUACUACCGUCUCCGCAGCUUCAGCAUCACUUCGCACGGCAUCUGCAACUUGGGCGACUCGCUGCGAAGUCGCAGGUCACGUUCGAUCAAUUCCGUGACAUCCACUGGCACUUCAAACAGCGGCGUGGAUCGACACAAUAGCAACGCAUCGGGGGCAUCGGGCGAAGUCAUCGACGGGGAUCCGAAUGUUCCUGCCUACAAAAUUGCGAUGCUCGGCGGCUCUGGAGUGGGAAAGACGACCCUGACUUACCAGUUCACCACUUCCGAUUACAUUUGCGCCUACGACCUGAGUCUCGAUGAUGAUUAUGGACAGAAGACGGUGUCGGUGCUAGUCGACAACAUUGAAACGGAUUUGGAAAUUAUUGAUCAUCCCGCAUGCGAGAUGUCGACGGAGGCCUUCUGUGCCACCUACAACAUCGACCUCUUCGUGGUGGUCUACUCGGUUAUAGACCGCAACACCUUCGCGGCAGCCGAGCGGGUCCUGCAGUAUUUGAAGGAGAACGAGAUGCUCUUGUCCCGUGGCGCGAUCCUGGUGGCCAACAAAACGGAUCUGCAGCGACAUCGGGUGGUCACCCGUCAAAUGGGUCGCAAGGUGGCCAAGGAAAUCGCUUGCAAAUUCAUCGAGACCUCCUCCGGCUUGGACCACAAUGUGGACGAGCUACUGGUUGGCAUCGUGGCCCAGGUGAAGCUGAACCCGCAGCGCCUCCGGCUGCUCACGGAGCAGGAGCUGCAGCGCCUGAAUCUGCAGAGCACGAUACAGAAGCACCGCGGGAUGCACUCGCAGUCGCGGCGGAUGGUGCGCCAGAUGAGCAUGUGCCAGGGCGACGGGGAGAUCUUCGAUGGCGGAUUGCCGGAGAGAUUGCCGAACGGCGACGGCGAUCCCGACGCCCAGCCUGGUACUUCGAGGUCGAGCCGGUCGCGGGUGGAGAACCCCAACCGCAAGCCACUGAAUCUCGAGAGCAUCCUCAAGAUGGGCGAGAGCGAGGUGGAGGACGAGGAUGGCCAUGGCCAGAACCAGAACCAGGCACACGGACAUCGGGGUCAGCGGAUGCGGCAGGGACAGAAGCCGUCGCAGCUGAGCAAAUUCAAUAUGCUCGCGGCCACUUUGAGGCAUCGGCGGCCCUUUCGCAAGCGUCGCUCGUUCGACGGCGGCGUUACCACAUCUGCGGCAGCGGAUGCCGCCGCCGAGCUGCAGCGGCGCUAUCAGCUCCGGGCGAUGGACGACCUGCAGCUGGAGAACCGCCGGGCGGCGGAGGAGCGCUUCGGGAAUAGGCGACUGAACAACAACCUGCACGCCGACAGCGACGAAGAGGAGGAGCUCGAGGCGGAGGCAGAUGGAGAUGCAAAUGGAGAGGGGGAUGGCGAUGGAGAGGCGGAGGAGGAGGAGGGAACCGAAGGAGCCAACCGACGGCAGGGUAACUGCAACAGGAAGGUGGUCAAGAAACUGACGGCCCGCACCAAGGUGUUCAUCACGUCGGUGCUGCGCUUCAAGAAGGCCAUCAGCCUCAAGCGGCGCAACUCCUCCAGCUGCAGCGAUCUCUUCGUGAUCUAAGCAUCGCUUGGAGGAGGAGGGAUUUGAGUAUAGACUGAAUGUACAUAGAAGGCACAAAGGAUGAGGAGCAGCAGCAUCCCCCGGAAAUACGGAAAAGGAGGAGCAAGUUCGGGAGACCCAGAAAUCCAGAGAUCCAAAAACCCAGGCACAUCGAAGCAGCAGCGCAAACCGAGGUGGAGUCGAACACGGAUGCCAGAAUGAGGAAGUCAGCUUGUGAGGAGGUCAACGAAUUCCAUAAAAACCAAAAAAGAAAAACAAACAAAACAACAACAACUACAGGGAAAUUUAAAUCUUAUUAAGAGGCCAGCGAAAAUUGCAGUAUUAGAAGAAAUAUUUUAGAAGACGUCUGCAGUUUGUAAAGCCAGGUAAACCCUUCAAAAAGUUUAAGACUAUAUAAUUUUCCAAAGAAAUCUCUAGGGACUUCUAAGAUCAACCAAAAAGUAUGAUUUUUAAGAUGAAAAUAUAGUGUUUCGGUUUAUAUUUUAACGAUA